AUGUUCAUUGAUUGGGCAUGUAGCCUUAAUCUUAUUGAUCAAGACAAGAACACUGGUAUACUAAAGGAGUUCCCGUUGAACGUAAAGAAGACAUUGGUUAAUCAUGUAGUGUCAUUGUUCUUACUUGAUCCAUCGACUUCAAUGCCUACGAUAGUGGCCACCAAGGAGCAUAUGUCAUGGAUGAUGGAGAUUGUUGAACAGGGAUUCUUGUUGCCACUCGACGAGUCACCUUCGAUAUUUGCCUGUAUCGAGUUGUAUAAACGAUGGCUGUUCGAUGCCAAGUGUCGACCACCACCCCUCGACGACGACCACUCAGAGUUCUACAUGCAGCGCAUCCUUCAGCAUCUGACACUGAUGUUCCAGCCGCGAUCGGCACCCUCAAAGGACGCCGUCGAGACACACAUCAUCCUCUGCCAAAAGGUACUGCAGCUCUACUUGGACAUUGCCCGCGCACUCUCCAAGAACUUCUCCCAGGAGACGUUCGAGCUGUGGAUCACGCUGCUGUUGUCCGUGGCCGACUGCACACUCAGCACUGGAUCAAAGACCGACGAGAUCUUGGCGCGCUCCAUCUGUCCACUCCUGCUCAAGGUGUUGUUUGAGGUGUGGCUUCACUCUCGCACUCGUAACCCACAGCUCUGGAACAAUCUGCACAAAUAUGCCUUUGGCUGGUUGCACCACAUGCCAACGAUCCAUCAGUGGAGUCUCACGUGCAUGUCAAUCACAGCACCACUCGUACAGAUGCUCUACACACAGGAUUAUGCAGGCCGGGCGACCAUUCCCGUCAAGUUGGAAGACAUCACCAUCGAGUUUGAGCCAAACUACCUCGUCUACCUUUGGAACCGAGUACUUCAUUUCAUUGGCAACCCCAACGCCAUCAAGAACCCGACAAUCUUUGCCACGGCCAUCGGUGGAAUCUACCAACUCGUGUCAAUGUUCUUGGCCGUGACCCAAGAUGGCAACUCAAUCCUGGCAAUCUUUGGCUCGUGGCUGUUUGAGGCCAUCAAGGUCAUUCGCUUUGGAUACGACGAGGGCAUCUCGCUGGCCACAGAGAUCCUGUCGCACAUCUUCCUGACCUGCUCACCCAAGAUCACAUUCGAUCCAAUCUACUUGGCCAGCUUCUACUCGUGUAUCAGCGAGGUGUUGUGGUGUGAUGGCAAGAUACUCUACGCCGGUGUUAUCCACACCAAGUCGUUGCUGUCCUCUGAGAUCCCAGGCUGCCGUAUCCUGGUCCCCGCGUACAUUCGUGCACUUGGCCGUAUUCUAACUAUAGUGCCAGGUUCCAACAGCGAGCCACUACGUCGCUCAGCCGUUCGCAUCCUUGGACAGAUCAUGUGUUACUCCAAUCGCUUCGAGAACGUGCAGUUCUACCAGUUCUUUAACAAACGUUCGAUGGAGUACUACCCCCCGCUGCCAUCAGAUGUCACGGGCAAGUACGAGCUGGCCCAGCCUGAUCUCAACUCAUUCCGUGACGUUCGAUCACAUGUCGCCCAUCUCAUACUCAGUGCACUCAACACUGAGACCUCGCCACACAACCUGUCCACACUGAUCUGGUACAUUCUUGACUUCCAAUUGGAGCAUCAACAUAAGAAUGUCACGGCUAUGCCCGAUGGAAAGAAUCCAACCACGGCAUUUAUCAACAUUGCCAUCAAUAUUGUGCUCAAGAAGGCUACCUCAUUCACUGGCCAAUGGCCAGGUGAGGUCAUCUCGCACUCCUUCCAGCUGUUGGGUGAGCUGGCCAGCCACCACGCUAGCAUCCCCACCUUUGUCCAGAUCGCGCACACCAUCGUCAGGAAGCUAUGCAAGUUCAUUGUGUUCAAAUGCAGAGAGACACCAAUCAGCUCGGAGACCGAGGAGCUGAUACUCCUUGCACUGGCUGCCAUUGGUCAAUGGGUUAUCGUCAGUGGAUGGAUCUUUGAUGGCAACUACAAGACCGACACCAGCACAUUGUACAUGCUGUUCGACUCGCUGACCAUUGCACUCGGUGGUAAGAAUCCCAACGAGGAGACUAUCUCCAACACACCAACCGGCAGUGGACUUGGUGUCAAUGUUCCGUCAAUGAGCGCAUCUCAGCAGGUACCAUCAUCUCCUCAGAUCGGUGGCGCCUCCUCAAACCUUGCAUCGAGCAGUGGACAUUUGCCCACAGGUGCAGCAGGUCUGAACCUUUCCAACUCUGGAAUGCCAACAUCGACAGCGGGCGCACAGUCGGCCAACGCUGCAGCAUCGACCACACAACAAAAGAAACGCCAACAAUUGAUCAACAAUCCAAACAUCACGUCCAGGAUCAAGGAGAUUGCUCAGUGCACAUUUGACACGAUCAUGAACAGAUUGAGCUUCUACCCCAACCCGUACAAUGCUGGAAACAGCUCGUUGACAUCAUCGGCUUGGCUCGAGACUGAUGUGGUUGCUUCGAUCCGCGAGCAGGCCAAGAAGGAGGGCCAGCCAAACUUCCCUGUUGAGCAAUGCAUCCGUUUCUACUCUGUCAAUGACUCGAUGCUCAUGACUCUUAUCGAUCAGCCAUUCGGCGAGAAUGGUCCGCACACAACAAUCAUCAUCCGUGAUUCUACCGGUCGCUAUGUGAUCAACACUGACUACGCAUUGCUUCCUUUCAAACCCCGCGACAGCUCUACCGAGACUGAGCGUCUGUCUGACGCGUCUUCUGAUGGUUGGGAGGGCGAGGAGCCCCUACCAACCGGCGCACACAUGGUCCCUGCAGUCAUUCCACCACCCCUACAGUUGGACAAGGUUCAGCCAUUCGUGUCAUCCUUCAUUAUGAACCAAGAGGACUUUGGCAAUGUCAGCCAGUACAUUAGCACAACCAAGGACGCUGCAUUCAAUCAAUCAACAGAGUCACUGAUCAAGUCCGAGCUGAACAUACUCAACACCAACUCUCAUGGUCUGAACCACCGCACCACGAUCCAGUCCACAUCACCAAAGAACAAGUAUCAGGGCGACCUAAAGUUCCAAAACUCGCGUCUGCUCCUCUCCAACUUGGGGUUCCUCUCGCUCGAGUCCAAGGGCAGGGUGUGUCAGAUGGAGAACACACUCACAUUCUACCAGGCUCUCUACUCAUUGGAUUCACUGCAGGAGCGCGCGCAGACACGCAUCGGUGUCAUGUACAUUAAGAAGAGCGACACUACCGAAGAUGACAUUCUCAACAAUGUGGUCGGCAGCGAUACUCCAUCCGACUAUGUUGACUUUGUCUCAUCGCUUGGCUGGACAGUGGACGUGGCAACACACCGCGGCUAUCUAGGUGGACUGGAUACCAAGGGUUUGCACGGAAAGUAUGCGCCAUACUAUGCAACCAGCAGUCGCGAGACCAUCUUUCACGUCACCACUCUGAUGCCCAAUCAAGGCUCAUCCGUGGAGCACAAGAAGAAGUUGUUGGGCAAGGACAGCGUUGUCAUCGUGUGGUAUGAUGGCACGUUGGAGGAGUAUGAGCAGCUCAAGAUUGAGAACAUCACUAGCAGAGUGCAGAUUGUCAUCACUCCUCUCCAAUCCAAGUUGUACAGAGUCAAGAUAUACAAGGGAAUGUUCACAAAGACUACAAUAUUCGGACCAAUUAUCAAUGAUGACUUGGUUGUCAGCAAGCAUAUAUUGGCAGAGUUGGCCAAGGCCACAGCGAUCAAUGCAUUCCAACAAUUGGCACUCUCUGACUCCAACAGCGUAUCACAUCAAUUCCUUCAGAGGAAGAAGAUGAUCAAUGAUAUCUCUGUUUCAUUCAAGCGCGAACUCACUGUUCAACAGAACUAUAUGACCACAUUCCAGGCACUGGAGGAAGACCAGCUAUACAAGAGACCAGUGCGAACCAAUAGCUCUGAUCAUGUUGAGCCAUUCAAGGCUGUUAGACCAUCUGCCAGGGCGAUCAACAAUAGCAACAAUGGAACAUCGGUCAUUGGUGCCAACAACAACACGAGUAGCAACAGUAACAGUUCCAGUAGCACUGAGCAAAAACCAACAACAACCAGCAACAGUAGUAGCAACUCAUCCCCUGCAGUCUCACCUAUCCUGGUUGGUGGACUAUCGGCUUCAUCUUCACAACCAUUGUCCUCCAGCAACUCGUGGAGAAACUCGGUUGGAAUGUCAGCCAACAGAAUACCCACCCAGCAGUCCUCUCCUGUCAAGUCGAGUAGUCCAACUGGCAACGCAACAAGUGUCACUCAGCAACAGCAACACCAGACCUCUCCUACCAGUACCUCACAACCUUCACCCUCGUCCACAUCCUCAGCGUCUUCGCCACCACCUACGUCACCACCUACCACCUCUUCGUCCCCAGCCAAAGUCACUCCGACGCCAGUGACUUCAUCCGCUCCAACGACCACAACGAACAAGACUGCGACAUCACCAACCAUCUCACCGUCAACCUCUGGAGGUGCCUCUACAACAACGCCAGGACCAGCAAAGACACCCAUCAGUGCCAUUGCUUCCAAGUUCUCGACACCUUCGUCAUCGCCUCAAUCAUCUCCAUCGAGCACACCAUUAACUGGCAAGGGAUGGAACAUCCUAAAGCCAACCAAGAAUGCAGACUCGCCAGCCAGCUCGCCAACCAACACUGCUCGCACUGGAUUCUUCUCCAAGAAACCAAAGGAACCAUCGACAACAACAAACAAAUAA